AUGAGCUUGAAACCAAAACAAAUAAAUUUUAAUGCAACUUGGUCUGUUCUUCAAGAAACUGUUAAAGGUAUAAUAACCUUAGGAAAUGUGCCUAGAGCAACAUGGAAUGAUAGAUUUAAUGAUGUGUAUUACUUGUGUGUGGCUUACCCUGAACCUUUGGCCGAUCGAUUAUAUCAAGAGACCAAAAAUUGUUUAGAAGAUCAUGUUAAACAAUUGCAUGAAAAAGUUAAAGCUCAAGGAAACAAAGAAAAUACAGGGCUCUUAAAGGCAUACUACACAGCAUGGAUUGAAUAUAGUCAAGGAAUUAUAUAUUUACAUAGGCUUUACUCUUAUUUAAAUCAGCAGCAUAUUAAAACUCAAAAGCUUUCUGAAGCAGACAUCACCUAUGGUGCAUAUACACCUGACCCUACAGAACAAUUGGAAAUAGGCGAAUUAGGAAUGGAAAUUUGGAAAGAAUUUAUGAUAGAACCUCUAAGGGAAGAUCUCAUUAGAUUAUUAUUAGAAGUCAUUGAAAAUGAUAGAAAAGGAAUAACUAGCAUUAAUUCUUCAGAUAUUGCAAAAGUUAUUAUUCAAAGUUUUGUCCAAGUUCAAAAAGACAAUAAAAAUCCCAGUGCUGAAUAUUAUGAAGAAGUGUUUGAAGUACCUUUUUUAAAAGCAACUGGUCAAUUUUAUAAAAUAGAAGCAGCAAAACUAUUACAAGAAUGUAGCAUAUCUGAAUAUUUAGAAAAGGUUCAACAAAAACUUCACGAGGAAGCUCGUAGAGUUACUAUGUUUGUGCAUCCUACAUCUUAUGAAAAAGUUCAAGCAAAGUGCGAAACUCAUUUUGUGGUCGAUCACAUCAAUGUCUUACACUCAGAAUGUGUGAACAUGGUCAGAGAAGAAAGAAAGCAAGAUUUAAAAAAUAUUUAUUUACUUUUAAAAUCAGUAGCCAAUUGUUUACCAUUUUUAAUUGAACAAUUUUUGCAACAUGUGAAAAGUCAAGGUUUUAAUGCAAUUAACAAUUUACAGGGAGAUAAUGUACAUUGUCAGUUUGUUGAAAAUAUGUUGAAUGUUCACAAAAAAUACAGAGAUUUAAUUGAAGAAUUGUUUUGUAAUGAUUUACUUAUGGUUGGUGCUCUUGAUAAAGCAUGCAAUCAAUCUAUAACAAUUUUUAAAUACAUUGAUGACAAAGAUGUCUAUCAGAAAUUUUAUUCAAAAAUGUUGGCUAGAAGAUUAAUACAUCAACAAAGUCAAAGCAUGGAUGCAGAGGAAACUAUGAUAAAUAGACUAAAGCAAACCUGUGGGUAUGAAUUCACUAGUAAACUUCAUAGAAUGUACACAGAUAUUUCUCUUAGUGCUGAUUUAAAUGUAAAAUUUCAAGAUUAUUUAAAACAAAAACAAAUUGAUCUUGGAAUAAAUUUUCAAAUAAACGUUCUUCAGGCUGGAGCUUGGCCUUUAAGGCAAAGUUUUUUCACUUUUAACGUACCUCAAGAGUUGGAACAAAGCGUUCAAGUAUUUGAAGAAUUUUAUAAAAUAAAUUUCAGCGGAAGAAAACUGUCUUGGUAUCAUCAUUUGUGUCAAGGGGAUUUAAAAUUAACUUAUUUAAAAAAACCAUACAUAAUAUCAAUGCAAACUUUUCAAAUGGCCAUUUUAUUGCUUUUUGAAAAAACGAACGACUUGUCCGGUCGAGAUAUUCAAGAAAGUGUUCAAAUACCAGAAGAUCAACUCAUUAAACAAAUACAAAGUUUAGUGGAUGCAAAAUUAUUAAAAGAUCCGGGAUCAGAGUUAACUCUCGACAUAACUUAUCAGUUAAAUUUUGAAUACUCGAAUAAAAGAACCAGGCUAAAAAUAUCAGGAGCUUUACAAAAAGAAACACCUCAAGAAGUUGAAACAACUUUUCACAGCGUCGAAGGUGAUAGAAAAUUGUAUUUGCAAGCUGCCAUCGUUAGAAUAAUGAAGUCUAGAAAAUUAUUAAAACAUAAUUGUCUCAUUCAAGAAGUUUUGUCUCAAAGCGGAUCAUCUUUUCAACCUUCUAUACCUAUGAUAAAAAAAUGCAUCGAGGUAUUAAUAGAAAAACAAUACAUUGAAAGAACACCAAAUUCACAAGAUGAAUACGCUUACGUAGCAUAA